UAGACUUACUCCAGCUUUAUACUUCCAUUCCUGUUUAUGAUUCAUGUCUUUUCCUCAUGGCUCUUUGUUUUUGGUCUUCUGAAUUUAAUACUUUUAUUUUCCCCAUGGGGACCAUGACUAUCACUCUUCGUGACCUAAGUGCUUUAAUUGGCUUGUCUCCUCUAGGUGAGACUAUUUCGGCCAAUCUCACUUAUUCUACUGUUGUUCCUUCUUUAGACAAGUCUACAUUUUCUUCUUAUUCAACCCUCGUGAAUGGCUUUUUUGAUCAUUCUGUUGAGCCUACCGAGCAAGAACGUACUGCUUUCAUCCAUCAUUGGCUUUGUAAAUACAUUAUUUGCAUUCCAAGCUCCAAACCAAUUGGGGCUAUCUUCAACUUGCCUCUGAAAUUGCUAGUGGUGACAUUUCUUUGGACAUUGCUUCUUUUGUCCUAGCUGCCAUUUACCGCAGCAUGUUUCUCUUUUUAGAUCGAGUGUCUCAUCAUCAUGCGCCUAAUGCUUCUGGCCCACUCUGGAUCGUCCAGCUUUGGCUUAGGGCGUAUUUCCCUACUCCAGUGAAAUGUGCUGGCCUUGUUCUGAACAGGCUCGAUUUGAUUACUUUGUCAUAACGAGAGAUUUUUGGCUAUUUUUACUCUGUCUAUACUAUUCCUUCUUUCUUUCCUUUUCGUUAGGCUAAUGUUCCCGAUUUUGUUUUUAUUUUUGAUGACCCCAAUCUUGAAUCUACUUCUCUAUUAUGGGCUUAGUUUUUGGUUAGCCGGGAACAUAUCCAUGACAUCUUGAUUGGCACGAAUGGAAAGGACAUUCGGCUAAAGGAGCUGACGGAAUAAAUUGUCGUCUUCGACAGACUUUUAAAGGACAUUUCAAGCUGUUUGGGAAGUGCUGGUUCAAGUCAAUCGGAGUACGUUGGGACUCUGAACAUUACCCCAAAGUCAGGGCUGGAAGUUUUAUAUGAAGCAGGAUUUUAUGCUGCUGACCAGGUCUUUAAAAGCCCAGAACUUGAGCAUAUGAGAUCCAAAUCAAGUGAUUCAAAAGCCCAUAAUUAUUUACACAUUCGGAGCUACAACUUUGAUGAAGAAGUUCAAGUCUGAAUAUGCUUUGAAUUGCCCAGAAUCCAGUUGCGGGAUCGUGAACAGAUUUCUGUUUCCUAAAAUAAUAAAGGAAACAGAGUGAUUUUAGGAGUCUUAAAUUAGGGCUUCUUAGGAGAUGUGGGAGGUAACUAAUUAUAUAUAAUGGCACGGCAGGACUAAGAAAGAGACACAAGGAGAGAGAGCCAUACGCAAUCCAUAGAACGUUUAUGACCAGGUCGUCUCACAUUGGUGAACUAGAAUACGAUCCAGAACUUGAAAGAACAGUCCGUAGAUUGAGGAGGGAAGCCCGACAAGCUCAAGCAUUAUCUCCUCCGUCAACAAGCACUCCCUGCAGAAUCAAUAUAGCAAUAGAUUUACACUCUCAAAGCUCAUAUAGUGAAUCUGCAUCCGAAGAGGAAGACAUGGCUGCAAACGAUAGGACUUUUAAGCAAUUGGCUGCACCUGCCUUGAAUGAACAACCUUUAUGCAUUGAAUUUCCUGCAUUAGGCGCUGCCUUUGAGUUGAAGUCGGGACUAAUUCACCUUUUGCCUACUUUUCGUGGUCUAGCAGGUGAAGAUCCACACAAGCAUCUAAAGGAAUUUCAUGUGGUAUGUUCUAGCUUGAGGCCGCAAAACAUCACCGAAGAACAAGUGAAAUUACGAGCUUUUCCUUUUUCCUUAGCAGAUUCGGCCAAAGAUUGGUUGUAUGAUCUUCCUUCGGGGUCCAUUAAUUCUUGGAAUGAGAUGAAGCGUUCUUUCCUAGAGAAAUUUUUUCCUACGUCACAAGCUGCCAGCAUAAGGAAAGACAUAUGUGGUAUUCGCCAACUGAAUGGAGAAACUUUAUACGAGUAUUGGGAGCGUUUCAAAAAGUUGUGCGCAAGCUGCCCACAUCAUCAAAUUCCCGAGCAGCUCUUGAUCCAAUAUUUCUAUGAGGGGUUAAUGCCAAUGGAUAGGAACAUGAUUGAUGCUGCCAGUGGUGGAGUACUAAUGGACAAAACACCAGCAGCUGUAAGAACUUUGAUUGCAAACAUGGCAGCGAAUUCACAGCAAUUCGGGGCACAUAUGGAGCAUCCAGCCAAGCAAGUUAGUGAGGUAAGUACUUCUAACAUUGAACGUCAAAUUUUUGACUUGACUACUUUGGUGAAACAAAUGGCUAUAGGAUCUUUACAAGCAGCAAAAGUAUGUGGCAUUUGUACGAUGAUUGGGCAUCCGACGGAUAUGUGUCCCACUUUGCAAGAGGAGGACUCAACACAACAAGCUAAUGCCAUAGGAGGUUUUCCAGGGCAACCUCAACUGAAAUUUGACCCAUACCCCAACACAUAUACCCCAGGAUUUAAACAUCCAAAUUUGAGUUAUGACAAUCCAGCAGUUGCUCAAAAUAGUUUCAAGUUUCCUUAUCCAGCUAGACAUCAACAAGGGACACAACCUCCAAAUUCAGGUAUGGCACUUGAUGAACUCAUUAAAACAUUGGCUAAUAACACUCAACAAUUUCAACAGGAAACAAGGAGUAGCGUUCAAAAUCUGGAGAAACAAAUUAGCCAAUUGGCUAUGGCAGUGAGCAAUCUUGAGGCUCAAGGAUCCGGGAAGUUACCGUCUCAAACAAUUGUGAAUCCUCGAGAAAAUGCAAGUGCUGUCACAUUGCGAAGUGGGACAAAAACCGCUGAUUCCAAUCAACAUUCUAUGGUUUUAGCCCAGAAAAAUGAAGAGGAGAGGGAGGCCAACAAUGACAUUAAAGAUUCUUCUAAGGUAACUUCUCAACCCACUGUGCCAAAUUCUUCUAAUACUAUUCUUGUUCCUUUUCCUAGCAGGUUGUCCAAGUCUAAGAAAGAGCAACAGGAGAAAGAUAUCCUAGAGACAUUCCGGAAAGUUGAAGUAAACAUCCCAUUGUUGGACGCCAUCAAACAAGUUCCAAAGUAUGCAAAAUUUCUCAAGGAAUUGUGCACUACGAAGAGGAAAUUAAGGAGUGACGAGAAGGUCAAGGUGGGGGAGAAUGUGUCAACCAUGAUCCAGCGUAAGCUACCUCCAAAACAAAAAGAUCCAGGAAUGUUUACAAUUCCAUGUGUGAUUGGUAACAAAAAAAUUGAACGUGCCAUGCUAGAUUUAGGUGCAUCUAUAAAUGUCAGGCCACACUCAAUUUAUGCAUCGUUGAAUUUGGGUCCAUUGAAAGAAACGAGAGUGAUUAUUCAGUUAGUCGACCGUUCUAAUGCAUACCCUGACGGGGUAGUUGAAGAUGUUUUGGUGCAGGUUGACGAGUUGAUUUUUCCGGCUGAUUUUUACAUCCUCAAUAUGGAAGAUGGAGGGUCUCCAAAUCCUGCUUCAAUUUUGUUAGGAAGACCCUUUCUCAAAAUAGCAAAGACAAGAAUUGAUGAUGGUACUCUCACCAUGGAGUUCGACGGGGAAGUUGUGAAAUUUAAUAUAUUUGAUGCUAUGAGAUACCCCAAUGACACUCACUCUUUAUUUUGUGUUGAUUUGAUUGAGGUACUCGUGCAAGAAGCUUUUGAAUUAAUGGAUGGAGACGAGUUGGGCAUAGUUCUUGCACACGACUUAGAAAAAAUAGAUACAAUUUUGCCUCUGAAUUCGGCCAUGGAGGAGACAAUUAUGGCAAUGGAAUCGUUACCUCCAGUUCCUAAGAGGUUUGAAUCGUCCAAAAUAGAAUUACCACUCUCCCAUUCUAAGUUGUUACCUUCUAUUGUGCAGGUACCCACUUUGGAGCUGAAGCCUCUUCUGGGACACCUAAAAUAUGUCCAUUUGGGAGACAACAAUACACUUCCAGUCAUCAUUGCUCACGGUUUGACAGCACUGCAAGAAGAAAGACUAAUUCGAGUGUUACGAGAUCAUAUCACAGCAAUCGGUUGGACCUUAGCCGACAUUAAAGGCAUCAGUCCAUCGAUGGCAUUGGAUUUUAUUGGAAGCAGGGUCCAAGCCAAGUCGAGAAGCUUAACGGAGAUUGAAUCCAAUCAUGAAGGAAGUGGUCAUGAAGGAGAUCUUUAAGCUUUUGGAUGCAGGAAUCAUACCCUAAUGAAAUAUUGGCGGAGCAACCUUUGAUUCGUAGGAAAUGGCCUACACCGACAGAAGGGACAUCUCAUACUCCUAAGAAAGUUCUUGCUCUGAAGAGGAGAGCUACCCAUCCCAAUACCGACAUUGAUGUUGAGGGUAAUGAUGAUAUGCUCUUGUCAACUUUUUUACCUACCACCCCUCUUCAGAUUAUUCAACCAGACAUUUUAGAAGAUACCUCUAUUGCUCCUAUUGUCUCAGAACCACCAGAGGGAGUUGACAAUCAGAAUGUUGAGGUUGACCCUAUGGCCAAUGCCAGGCCGUACCAAAGCUUCCUUGCAAUCUUUUGUUGCCUUCUUCUGAUGUUCAAGUUGAGGAAUUUGUCAAUCUUUAAUAGUGUUGUAGCUCAUUAUACAGGAUAUAACUUGUACAUAUCAAUGUUGAGGACAUUCCACCACCUCCAACCAUUUCACUAAUUGUCCAAGAUUCUGAGGUUUGGGUGGCUCUAUUGAAUUCGUAUUCUGGAUUUUUAGAGGCACCUAUAUUAGCCCAUGCAUACUUUUGUAACCCCUUUCCUCCUUGAUUUAUUUUUUCUUUUCCAAGACUAUUCUUCUAUUUUCGCCUCUCUUACUGAUAUUUUUUCAAAGAUAGAUAAGAUCAAGUCUCCUCAACCUUCAUCCUUCUCAAAGCGUUCGCCUGCGCUAUUAGCCGGGAUGACAUAAUUCAGGUCAUGAACUCUUUGCUAGCUUUUAUGGACCUUCCUUUAUCCCAAGCUGGAACACCAGAAAACUUGAAUAAGUUGGAUGUAGCCUCGACUAUGUUUGCCCAAAUUUCAUCUAGUGUUAUGAAGUCUUCCAUUACCGACAGAAUCAUUCUUCGGGGCAUAGGUAGUGAGUUGCAUGCUCUUGUUAAACGGUACAACGAGCAACAAACUACUCUUCGGUCAACCAAAUUGGCUGCAUCUACUUAGAUGGAUUUGACCCUUUUUCUUUGUGCUUAUAUGAAGGCAAUCUUCAAAAAUAUACUAAAGAGGUACAAGCAAACAAUUCCAAAAUUCUGGAAUGUGAGAGGCAGAUACAAGAACUUCAGCAGAAGCUAGAUGGUCUAGGCAAACAAAAGCUGCUAAAUCUAAAGUUGGAAGGAGGAGAAAAAAUAGACUGAAAGGGUUCUUUCCGAAUUGGAGGGUCUUGGCCGAACCGACAUGAUUGCUGAUUUGGCCGCCUUGGGUUAGGAGGAACAAGACCUUCUUGAUUCGUGGAAUAAUUUGAAGAUUAUUGCAGAACGAAUCAAGGCAGCUGAAAACGAUCCCCUGUUAUGAUUUUCUUCUCUUUUUUUUUACUUCUUGAACGUAUUCGUUCAAUUUUGCUACAUGUGAUGACAUUAUUUGAAGUGUAAUACUCGUCCAGCUAAACGUUGUUGUUUUAUUUUAAAUUAGGAAGUGAUGACUUUCCACUAAUUAGCUUUAACUUUCAUGUUUCUUUCUAACGUAUUCCGUUAGAAUUAUGUCAUUCUUUUUCUCAACUGACUCCCAUUUAAUGCUUAGUUUGCUUACGUAACCUCUUCAUCAUAGGUUUUACAACAUCAUCAUGGGAAACCUGGUGUCCUAGUUUGUUUUAAGGGCGUGAGACGUGGGGCAUAAUGACUACAUUCUUCUCAUAUCUUCUUCUGCCAUGUGUAUCACUACUUAGGCGGUUACUACUACGUAGGUAACGUCUUUAACCUAUAAAAGCAAGCUUUUUACCCAUUAUUCAUUAUUUUGCCCUUCGUCUUCUUUCCUGCUUCUCACUUAAGCUUCUCGCCAUGGCUUC